UCUCUCUCCAUAUCCUAAAAUUCCGAAUUUCUGGAGAUCGUCGCCGUGAAGGCGGAAAACCUCUACUGGUCCCCUGGAAACCGCCUUAAAAUAGAAUCUCCGGCAGAUCGGUGUCGAAAUGAGUAACGGGGAACUACUUCAAGUCGAACCAGUAGAGCUUCAAUUUCCCUUUGAAUUGAAGAAGCAGAUCUCAUGCACCUUGCAAUUGACCAACAAAUCCGAUGACUAUGUUGCCUUCAAGGUGAAGACGACCAAUCCAAAGAAGUACUGUGUAAGGCCUAACACUGGAGUUGUCAUGCCUCGCUCUACCUGUGACGUUAUAGUUACAAUGCAAGCACAAAAAGAGGCACCACCAGACAUGCAGUGCAAGGAUAAGUUCUUGCUUCAAAGUGUAGUGGUGAGCCUCGGAACUGAGGCUAAGGAUAUAACUCCAGAAAUGUUCAGCAAGGAGUCAGGGAAUAAUGUUGAGGAGUGCAAGUUGAGAGUGGCUUAUGUUCCACCUCAACGACCAUCACCUGUGCAGGAGGGGUCUGAGGAAGGCUCCUCUCCUAGGGCUUCAAUAUCUGAAAAUGGUGCUGAGUUCCACAAUGCUUCAAGGACAUAUGCCGAGCCACAAGACAGCUCAUCAGAGGCAAAAGCACUAAUUUUGAAGCUGUCAGAGGAGAAAAAUUCUGCAAUCCAGCAAAAUAACAAGCUUCAGCAAGAAUUGGAGCUCUUGAGGCGCGAAAGCAGCAGAAGUCGUGGCGGAAUCCCAUUUAUGUAUGUUAUUAUUGUUGGAGUGCUAGGCCUCUUUCUUGGCUAUCUUCUCAAGAAGAAAUGAUCGCUAAGAGGUUGCUGUCAGUGCACCAGGUGUUUAAAAAAAAAUUAGAACUUUGAAGAAGAAGGUGACUAAUCCAGUUAAGCUUUGUGUCAUUAGUUGUCUGGUUAACUUGAAAAUGUAAAAGACAGGUUUUUAUCUGUUUUUGUAAUGCCUGAGCUCGAGAGCAUCAUCGUGUGACUAACUGCAUUUGGCAUCCUUUGCCAACAUGUGAAGGAGACAUUUUAGUUUGCCAAUUAACUAUACUACCUGAUUAUGGACCUUGUGGCUGCAUAUAAUAUUUGUCCGUUCACCGAUA